CUCCGACAGACUCAAGAUGUACGUCAGCUUUCACGCAUGUCUCGGUCAGAUGACACUGACGCCGUGGGGCCACACCGUCACCGAGCGGAAGACUACGACGACAUGAAAAGUGUCGCUGAAAGGGCAUCGGAUGCGAUGGUAACACUGUCUGAUACACCCUACAACAACUAUUUUGAAGUGGGAGUCAGCAGUGAUAUGCUAUAUGCUGCAACAGGGACGUCCACAGACUGGGUGAAAGGCGUACUUGGCGUGAAAUACGCCUACACGAUGGAACUACGAGACAUGGGUCGAUACGGCUUCUUCCUUCCCUCGCGCGAGAUCCUCAAGUCGGGAGAGGAAAUCUGGUUGGCCGUGAAAAGUUAUGCAGACGCUAUUCUCAAGGAAGAAGAGUAGUGGAGUUUACAGUGCUACAGUACUCAGCUACAUAAACCACACUGUUGAUGAUGACGAUAUAUGGACGAUGAAUGAGGAUGACGAUUAAACAAGAUGAUACGCAAUGGUGAUUAAAGUGAUUACGUCACUGUAAAUAGUAAAAGUAAAAAUGUCCACUUUUCAGAAAAUGUAAGUGAUUCUGUUCACUUUUUAUGGUUAAAUUGCCGCAUUAAUUGCAUUAUACUUCCUAUUUUGCUAUUCAGUUCGAUGUGAACAAACACUCGUGACUCAUACACAGGCUUUCUGGCCAACUUCAGAACAUUUUUAGGGCAGAAUUUAGGGCAUUUUUAAAUCAUAUUUAGGGAUUUUUAAAACGAUUUUAGGGCGAUUUAGGGUACAUGAUUCAUCAUCCAACUUAGUCCGAGCCGACGCAGACCCCAGUAAUGGGCACAUUAAACCCGCACCCUCAGAUUAGCAAAGCGGAGGUAUAACGUCUGCGUGCGGACAACAUCUAACUUUGAAGCACAGGUAUCUUUUGUAGAUUUUUCUCCUUGACAGCCUCAGCCAACCUGGAGUUUGCCUCUUUAAAUAAAUCCUCUGCUGUUUUUAUCUCAGCCUGUAAUUCCUCAUGCUUCUUUGUCAAUAACUUCUCACUCUCCUUCUGUUUUCUCUUCUUAGUCUCAAAGGCUUUGUCUUCUGCUUCCUUUCUAGCUUGCUCCAUUUCCUCCUCAUUUCUCCUCUCCUGCAACCUAGCAGUUUCCUGUUUCUUUUCCUCCUCUAGUCGUGUACGAUACUUACCAUGAGCCCGCGGAACACUAGUCAAGUUUCUUUCGGAAAGCCAUUGCCUCACUUUUCCCUCCACCAUGUGACAGCAUCCUUCACCAACCUUAGCCCAUUUACGAAUUUCUCUGUAAGCAGGGUCCGGUCAGUGCCUUAGACCUUUUUGUUGAUGGAUAAAAUUCGUUCAAUAUCUGCAUUUCUGUGGCUGAGACAUCUUUCCCCAGAUUUGGAAACUUUCUUCAUACUGAGUACCUUUGACCAGUAAUGGUCAAUUCGACACCAUUGAACAUCACCAUGAUCAUCCUUCACGCGGUACCAUUCCUCUGGUAUAUAUGGGUCUUGAUAAAUUCACCACUCAUCAACAAUGGACGGAAUCUCCUCUGCCUGGACAAUCUGGCAAAACGUUUGGGUCAUUCUACGUACACAUCGACUGCCAUCUUCAGCUUCUCGUACUGCAGCUAGGGUGCAAGAUAGCUAAAUCUCUGAGAAGCUUAUCACCAAUGGGUAGAUGAUUCACUAAGUACUAAGUUGCAGUUUGUAGAAAGGUCCUCAUGUCCAUCAGUGGCCCCUUCUGUUGAUCACUCGGUAGUUUUGAGAGAACACCUCUUGUAGUUUCCCCAAUUUCUAUAUCACGAUUUGGUAGUUGAAGGUCCUGUGACUUCAGGUACAGCCUCAAGAUUUCUCGGCAGCUCUUUUCAGAUGCUUCCUUCUUGAGGAAUCUUUGCAUAUGCAUAAUGUAUGAUAUAUAGCCCAUGGCAAGUAAUGUCGUGAUCAAUACAUCA